AUGGCACAGCAUAGCAUUCGGCGUGUUUUCCAAAUAUUCUCCAUAGAGGGCAAGGUGGUUAUCAUAACCGGCGGCAUGGGCGCUAUUGGUAUCGAGGUUGCUCGUAGUAUGGCUGACGCCGGUGCCGAUGUGGCCCUCUGGUACAAAUCCUCUCCUAAAGCUGACGAGUUGGCCGUGGAUGUCGCAAAGGAGUACGGUGUCAACAUCAGAGCGUACAAGGUCGCUGGGCAAAUUUUUGAUGAGGUGCAAGCGGCUGUCCACGCCGUCAUGCGCGAUUUUGGUCGACUCGAUGUCAGGAUUGCGAACGCUGGUAUCCGGGCCAAGGCGGGUGGCAUAGACGAAGAGCUCGACAGGUGGCACCGCGUGGUGGACAUUGACUUUCACGGCGCUUACUACUGUGCUCGUGCGGCGGGUGCUAUGUUCCCCAAAAGGGCUCGGGUAAUGUAA